AUGGCUCUCGUCUCUGGACCAGGACGAGCAGGUUCUGUUGCGCUGCCAGAAGAACUUCAGCUCGCCAUCGAACCCCAUGUGAAAUACAUACAGAGUCUCGACUCCCGCAAAGAUGAGCUCGAAUAUUGGCACACAGAACAUUUACGAAUAAACGGACUCUACUGGGGACUCACCGCACUCCAUUUACUUGGCCGACCCGAUGCGCUACCGAGACGGGAAACAAUUGAUUUCGUUUUGAGCUGCCAACAUAAAAAUGGUGGAUUUGGAGCUGCGCCAGGCCACGACGCCCAUUUGCUGUACACAGUUAGUGCCGUGCAGAUAUUAGUGAUGGUUGAUGCUGUUGAAGAUCUAGAGAAGAACUUGAAUGGCGAGGGCAAAUAUUUAGUCGGCAAAUACCUCGCCGAUCUACAAAAUAAGAAUACGGGAACCUUUGCGGGAGACGAGUGGGGCGAGGAAGAUACCAGAUUUCUUUACGCAGCGCUGAAUGCACUUUCACUUCUACAUUUUCUACACCUAGUGAAUGUUGACAAGGCAGUAAAUUAUAUCGUUUCGUGUGCGAAUUUUGAUGGGGGUUACGGGGUUAGUCCGGGAGCUGAAUCACAUUCGGGACAGAUAUUUGCCUGCUUAGGCGCAUUGUCAAUUGCGAAGCGGAUAGAUGUGGUCAACAUCGAUAAACUGGGUAAAUGGUUGAGUGAGAGGCAAGUAGAAUGCGGCGGAUUGAAUGGUAGACCUGAGAAAAAAGAAGAUGUUUGUUAUAGCUGGUGGGUUGCGACGAGCCUCGCCAUGAUCGGAAGGCUGCAUUGGAUCGAUGGCGAAAAGCUCACAAAUUUCAUUCUGAAGUGUCAGGAUACAGAGGAAGGUGGCUUUGCCGACAGACCGGGGGAUAUGGUUGAUGUCUUCCACACUUGCUUUGGUAUGGCCGGCUUGUCUCUCCUAGGAUUCCCUGGCGUCGACGAGGUUGAUCCAAUUUAG